AUGCUCUAUCCAUUGAUGCUUCAAGCGUUCGUCAUUGUUGUGCAUAUCGUCCCGGAAGCCCGCCUGCAUCGUCCAAACGUCAGGGGUAUAUAUACUUUGGAGGAACAAGUUCACGAGCACGAAAUCGUGAUACCACGGAAAGUGACCCAUAGGGGGGAGCUUAUCUCGCACAACGUGACCCACCACCACCACGAGGAUGGACCAGUGGUUCACUACCGAUUGUCGGUCGCCAGUAACGAGUACCACAUCGAGAUGAUCGCCGUGGACAACUUCAUUGGUCCUGGGAUGGUCGUCGAAAGAAGAAAACGUGACGUGCACAUGCGCACCCGGCCGAAAAAUCAGUCGAGCAAAUGCCAUUAUCGAGGCUUCAUUCACGGUCAUCCGAACUCCCAAGUUGCAUUGUCUGCCUGCGACGGUUUGGCGGGCAUGCUGCGCGGCGUGUACGGGGAGUUCUGGUUGGAACCAGUCGCCGUGUCCCCGGAAGAAGAACGAGUCAGCCCGGAGGAAAGGCUGGAAGACGCCGACGCCGACGCCGGCGCCGAGGACCACGAUUCGGCCGGCCUCCGCCGGAAACUCCACUCGUUGGUCGGUAGGCCACAUCUCGUGUUCCGUAGAUCCGUAGAGAAGUCGCAGCUCGAAAUCGGCGGUGUUGGCCGCACCAGACGCCGACGAAAAAAGAAAAGAAAACUCGAGAGAAACUGCGGGACUCGCGAGCCUAGACGAUUGACGGAAACGCGACUGGAGUGGCAGACGCAACCGGGUCUCGUUCAGGUUCAAGGGCGAGGCCGAAGGAAACAUCAUCAGACGAAACGAUGGCAGCGUUCCAAGAGAUCGAUCAGUCGACCGCGUCACGUCGAGGCCCUCGUUGUCGCUGACACGACGAUGAUGGCUUUUCAUCAGGACGGCGACGUCGAGACGUAUCUACUGACCAUCAUGAACAUGGUGUCGUCGCUCUACCUGGACCCCACAAUCGGGAAUUUCAUCAACGUCGUCGUCGUCAGAAUUAUUCUCGUCGAGGAGGACGAGGCGGAACAAGGGCUGGACAUCACGGUGAACGCGGACAGGACGCUGUACAAUUUCUGCAAGUGGCAACAGAAGCUGAAUCCGGCGGACGAUUCGCAUCCGAAUCACCACGACGUUGCGAUUUUAGUGACAAGGGAGGACAUCUGCUCGAGGGCGAACACUCCGUGCAGCACUUUGGGAGUAGCCCACGUAGCCGGUAUGUGCCAACCGGACCGCAGUUGCAGCGUCAACGAGGACAAUGGAAUCACCCUGGCGCACACGAUCACGCACGAAUUGGGACACAAUUUCGGGAUGUACCACGACACGGAAAAAAUCGGUUGCAGCAAACGAGACGGUGACACGCUACACGUGAUGACGCCGACAUUCGAGGUGGACACCAUCGGAGUGGCUUGGUCGAGAUGCUCCAAAAGGGACAUCACGAAUUUUUUGGACCAAGGGAAAGGCGAAUGUUUGGAGGACGAACCGGCAGAUAACGAUUACGCGUAUCCGGAUUUGCCACCUGGCGCGAUGUACAAUGCGGAGCAUCAGUGCAGGCUACAGUUUGGCGUCCGGGAAGCUUCUGUCUGUUCUCCAUUACAAGAGAUCUGCUCGAAAUUGUGGUGCAUCGUGGACGGUACUUGCACCACCAUGCUUCAUCCAGCUGCCCCAGGAACCCAUUGCGGGAAACACAUGUGGUGUCAGAACCAAGAGUGUGUACCGAUCGUGGACAGGCCACGUCAGAUCGACGGCGGAUGGGGUGAAUGGGGCUCUUGGAGCGAGUGCUCGAGAUCUUGUGGUGCCGGGGUCACGAUCGUCGAGCGAAAAUGCGAUCAUCCGGAGCCGGCGCACGGUGGGAAGUUCUGCAUCGGCGAGAGGCGUCGAUACAAAAUUUGCAACACGCAGUCCUGCCCGGAAGGCACGUACAGCUUCAGAGCCGUGCAGUGCAGUAAUUACGACGGCAAGGAGUACAAGGGGAAAAAUUACACCUGGCUACCGUACUUUGAUCAAACGGAACCUUGCGAAUUGUAUUGCACCGAUACAGAGGAAAGCGUGAUCGUUCCAUGGGGUGAAGCAGCUCUGGAUGGUACACCCUGCAACGUCGGUACGAGGGACAUGUGCAUCGCUGGAAUCUGUAGAAAAGUUGGUUGCGAUUGGACGGUCGACUCCGACGCCACGGAAGAUCGUUGCGGGAUUUGCCACGGGGACGGGACGCAAUGCGAAACCACAGGAGGAGUUUACGACAAAAACGACGGGCCAGGAUACAAAGAAGUGGUCGUUGUUCCGUCAGGAUCGCGAAACAUAAAAAUAGAAGAAAUUGGUAACAGCAAGAAUUACAUUGGCAUAGGCGUGCCUAACUCUGACAAGUAUUUCCUCAAUGGUAAACGGCAGAUCACUUUAGCCGGAGAGUAUGAGGUAGCCGGAACUCCAGCUUUGUACGAAAGAGAUCGUGACAGGGAGAAGAUACGAAUUCCCGGGCCUAUUAAAGAGGACAUCGCAGUCUACUUAAUUUCCAGAGGACACUACCGGAAUUUCGGGCUGCGGUACGAGUACACAGUGCCGAAGAAAGAACCUGACCGGGCACCCGAGUACUUUUGGGUAUUUUCGGACUGGUCGCUCUGUACUGUUACUUGCGGCGGUGGCACACAAAUCUCGAAGGCCCUCUGCAACGAGAAGAAGAGCGGCGUUGUCGAGGACCACUUUUGCGAAGACAUCGAGAAACCGGAAUCAUUGCUGCGGGAGUGUAAUCUGAACCCAUGUCCAGCCAGAUGGUGGAUUGGCCCGUGGCAGAUGUGUCCGGUAACGUGUGGCGAAGGUGCACUUCGAAAGCGAUCGGUGAUGUGCGUCUCCUCGGGAAUGGGGCCGGAUCGUUCGGACCUAGCUUUGCCCGAUCGUGAUUGUAAUAGGGACGUGAGACCCGAAGAAGUUAGUCCGUGUCCCAACUUACCCCCUUGCGGUUCGACCACCGAGGCGCCUUUGAUAGUAUACGCGGAUAAUAAGGAUGCGUCUUUCUACAAUGUAAGCUCGAACGAUCAGGAUAGCAUCACGAUCGUCGACGGUUUGACCACGGAAGAACCGGAGAUCCUCGAGUUCGACAACGUUGUGGACGACAACCCGGACAAUUCCAUGUACAAUACCAAGUCGAAGUGGAUCGUUUCGAAGUGGAAUCACUGCUCGAACGGAAAAAGAAAUAGGAAGGUGACAUGUUCUGUGCAGGGAGACUGUAAUCCGGAGAACAAGCCGACUACUGUUGAACUGUGCCAGGGCGGAAGGUGGAUUACAGGAAGAUGGGGUCCUUGCAACGCGACUUGUGUGGCAAGGGUCGGCAUAAAACGCAGGGAAGUCGAAUGUCGUGACCGUAUAACGGAAUUACUGUCCGACGAUUGCAACCCCGAGAGAAGGCCAAUCGAUACGAGGCGUUGUUAUCAUAGGCGGCAAUGCGCAAACGAUAAGUCCGAAUGCAAAGACAGCAUUGCCCCUGCUUCUGUGUGCGCAACGUACAAACGCAUGUGCGACGUAUCAUCGAUCGUCCAAGAGAAAUGUUGCGCUACAUGCUUCAAAAAACGUAGACACGGCCGUCACAACAGAAGACAGAUCCUCGAUGACUGACCGAUCGACAACUAGAUCAUCUGAACUAGAAUGUCGACACAACCAAUACGACGAACCCUUUUUCGUAAAAUACAAUCCGUCCCAGUUGUGUACUUGUUUUAACAUUCUCCAGUGCACCAAGAAGUU